AUGUCGACAGACGCUCUCGCAGUGGAUCCGCACGCCGAUACCGCCGGCGUUGAAGAUGACGACGAUCUUGCCAGCGAGACAACCAGCGUGCAAUCCAGCAUCUACAAGUACCGCUACGAGAACGGACGUCGCUAUCACGCCAGCAACAAUGAUGUCGGCAGCGGAUACUGGGGACCCAACGACGAGAAAGCCAGCGAGCACCUCGACAUCGCGCACAACCUGUGGCUGAAGACGCUGGACGACAAGCUCACGCUCGCGCCCCUGCCAGAAAAGAUCGAGAAGGUCUUGGACGUCGGGUGCGGGACGGGCACAUGGGCGAUAGACUUCGCCGAGUCCCACCCCACCACCACCGUCCUCGGCACCGACAUCUCCCCCGCCCAAGCACCCUCCUGGGCUCCCCCCAACUGCUCCUUCGAGAUCAGCGACGCCAACGCCUACCCGUGGCCCUUCGCCGCCGGCACCUUCGACCUCGUGCACGUGCGGUCGCUCUUCGGCUGCGUCAGCGACUGGCCCGCCUUCUACCGCGAGUGCCUGCGCAUUCUUAAACCCGGCGGUUACGUCGAGCACGUCGAGAUGGGCCGGCUGUUCAAGUCGCCCGACAACUCACUACCGGCCGACGCGGCGCUGGUGCAGCUGGACGACUUCGGCAGGCGGGCGUGCGAGGCGAUUGGGAAGCCGGGGGAUGUGGUGUAUCGGAUGCGCGGGUGGUUGGAGGAGGGCGGGUGGAGCGAUGUGGUGCAGAGGGAGUAUGCGUGGCCGACGGGGCCGUGGCCGAGGGAUCCGUGGAUGAAGGAGGUUGGUAGGUGGAGUCGGCUGCAUCUGGUUGAGGGCGUGGAGAAUUGGUGCUUGGCGAUGCUGACGAGGGUGCUGGGGUUUUCGUAUGAGGGGGCGAUGGAGUGGAUUGAGAGGGUGAAGAGGGAGGUGAGGGAUCCGAGGAUUCAUGCGUAUCAUGACAUGUUUGUUUGUUAUGCGCGGAAGCCGGUGGCGGCGGUCUGA